GCAGAACCUCUAACCUGCAAGGUCCCAUCCCCUGCCUUCCAGCCCUUAUUACCCCCGGGGGGACAGAAACCUUGUAAACUAAAUUCUCACGGUGCCCCAAAUCCAGCUAGCUCCGAAGUCUUGCUUUUCCAUUCCACCCCACCCCCUCCACCCACAUGGCUGAGGUCACCCCCGCCCAGCCUCUUUUGCAACCUUCCCAAGUUCGUGCAUGAGAGAGAGAAGAGGAAAACUCAGAAGGAAGUGGCUGGGUCUCACCAAACUCCCUUUUUUACUCCCAAAGCCUUUUGCCUCUGACCCGGCUGAGAGCGUCGUUUUAAGAGGAGACCCCCCCCCGCCCCCCACAACACAGAGAGAACCCCCGCCUGCCUUUGGAAGCUGAAAGGGCCCUGGAAACUUUUCUUGGUUCCUGUCUGUUCCAGCAGCACCAGAGGCUCCGAAGCCCCUCCAUGAAUCCUCGGAAGAAGGUGGACCUCAAGCUCAUCAUCAUUGGAGCCCUGGGUGUAGGCAAGACCUCCCUCCUCCACCAGUAUGUACAUAAGACAUUUUAUGAAGACUAUCAGACCACACUGGGGGCCAGCAUCCUCUCUAAGAUCAUCAUAUUGGAUGACACGACUUUGAAGCUACAGAUCUGGGACACGGGCGGACAGGAGCGCUUCCGCUCCAUGGUGUCCACAUUCUACAAAGGCUCUGAUGGCUGCAUCCUGGCUUUUGAUGUCACUGACCUGGAGUCUUUUGAAGCCCUGGAAACCUGGCGGGGUGAUGUUCUGGCCAAAACCAUUCCGAUGGAGCAGUCCUACCCCAUGGUGGUGCUGGGGAACAAGAUCGAUCUGGCAGACCGUCAGGUGCCGCAGGAGGUAGCCCAAGGCUGGUGUAAAGAGAAGGACAUUCCCUAUUUUGAAGUCAGUGCCAAGAAUGACAUCAAUGUGGUACAGGCCUUUGAGAUGCUGGCCGGUCGGGCUCUGUCGAGGUAUCGAAGCAUCUUAGAGAGUUACUUCACAGACUCCAUCAAGCUCUCACCAGAAGACCAGUCCAAGAGCAGAUGCUGUUGACCUUGCAGACUCCGGCUCUGCAUGCCCAGAGGCAGAGCACGCCUAGGGCCUGGUUGUCCCAGGCCCCCACCAGCCUCAUCCCCUGCCCAUGCUCAGCCCAGCAGUCUAGGCUCUGUGGCCAGGGCCCUGAACCCCCUUGCACCUGCCCUGGAUCCAGAACCAGAGGGCAGCCCUGCCUCAGGCUGAGCGUAGUAAGGACAGGACCGGGCCCUUGAGUCCAGAAGAAACUUAGAAUGUCACCGCCACGUCCUGGGGAGUCACAGUUCUCUUGCUGCCGCCAGCCUUCUUGCCACCCACCCUCCCCAAACACACCCCUGCCUCUAGGAUGCCCAUCUCUGCAGACAGGAUGCUGUCUGUCAUAUUCCUCUAUGGACUGGCCGUUCUCGCCCCAUCCACCACCACCUCCCAUCAGAGCCACAGCACAGCUUUGGACAAAGAUGUAGCUCAGCCUCUCUUGUAGCUGAGGCCAGGGAGUGAGGGUCUACUUCAACCUCUGGCGCAGCUGUUCAGGCCUGGCCCCCCACCCCCCACCCCGUCUCCCCCCACUUCAGAGUGCAGGACAGAGGGAGCCCAGGAAUACCCUCCAGAGACUGGCGCGUUUCUCCCUGCAGUGCUCAGGCAACUCCUGUAUCUCUCUCAGAGCCUCAGUUUAUUCAUCUGUCAAAUGGGGAUGGCGCAUGUUCUGCCUGCCUCGGUGUGGUUUUCAGGACCGGAAGCUCUGCUUAAGUCUCAGUUGCUCUUGUUGAGAUACAUUUACUAUUCUUUCAACAAGUAUUUUUGCGUAUCUACUAUGUAUGAUGCACUGAGGUCCAGUGGCAAAUGUAACAGGGACCUUGCUCUCCUGGACCUGACAUUCUGGUGAAGGAGAGAGGAAAUAAACACUGAAUUUAAACAGACAUUUAUUUUCAUAUAGCAGGUAAGUGCUUGAACAACGUGAAAUAAGGUGAUAGAGAGUGACAGAGGGUGGGGUUGGGUGUUGUUUCAGACCAAAGCGUCCAGGAGGGCUUCCCUGGGGAGUUGGCGUUAGUCCAAAGGCUAGAGAAUGAGCAAGGGGCUGACCCCUGAACUGGACAGAGAACACGUGAGGAGAGUUAGCAGAAAAGGCCAAGACCCCAGGGUCAGGAAAAGAUUGCUGUGUUCCAGGCACAGUAAAAAGACAUUAAUUUAUCUGGAUUCCAGGGGGCUGUCCCGGAGACUAGCAAAAGGGCCUCGCGCCCUUGGUUGACGCCUUGCGUCUCUGCCGAUUGGCCACCAGAGGGCAGCAGGGCUCCUUUCAUUCCAGCGAGCAGCCAACCAACGCUCCGUGGACACUUGAAGAGUGGCUGUUUUCUGUGCUGGUGCUCAAAGUUGGUUCUUGGGCUCUGGGCAUUUUCAGCCCUUGGAGAUUUGUGGAGCAGGGAAAAUCCCAAUUUCUUUCUUUCUUUUUUUUUCUUUAUAGGGCCACACCCGCAGCAUAUGUAGGUUUCCAGGGUAGGGGUCUCAUGGGAGCUAUGGUUGCCGGCCACAACCACAGCCACAGCCACAGCAACGCAGGAUCCGAGCCGCGUCGGCGACCUACACCACAGCUCAUGGCAACACCGGAUCCUUAACCCACUGCGCAAGGCCAGGGAUCAAACCAGCCACUUCAUGGUUCCUAGUCGGAUUCGUUUCUGCUGCGCCACGACGGGAACUCCAAGGAAAAUCCUAAUUUCUUAAGCCUCCUGAGAGAUGGUAAAAACUGCAGCAUCAAUGAUUCAGGCAAGAAAUCUGCAUCCCCGGCAAAUUUAGAAGAGAGACCUGGAAAUCUCAUGGAUUUGUGUUCCUGCAGACUCUACAGCCAUAAUCUACUUUUUCUUCCUUGGCAGACAGCACUGACAGGGUCCUGCCUAGAGGGAGUAGGCAUAUGCUGACCCACCAGGACCUCCAGCGGUCACAUCCAUGCCCACCACAGAAGUCUCCUCUCUAGGGAGUGCUGUUGUGGCUCAGCAGGUUAAGAACACGACAUAGUGUUUGUGAGGGUGCAGGUUCAAUCCCUAGUCUCUCUCAGUGGUUAAGGAUCCGGUGUUGCCACAUGCUGCGGCAUAGUUUGAAGAUGCGGCUUGGAUCUGAUGUUGCUAUGGCUGUGGUGUAGGUCGGCAGCUGCAGCUCUGAUCUGACCUCCAGCCAGGGACCUUCCAUAUGCCACAAAGGUGGCCUGGGAAAAAAAAAGUCUCCUGUCUGCUUGGGAGUAUCCUUCCCUGAGCUCCAAGCAGAGCUGGGGAUGUUGGCCUAUGACUUCCAAGUGUUGUCUGACUCUGAAGAUACCCCGGGAGGUAGGAGAUGGGGAGGUGGGGGUCAGUAAGAGAGUUUGGGGAACGCCUUCCCCCCCAGCCAGCUGUGAAGUAAGAACUCAUCAUGGGCAGCAGCAUGGACCAGGCAUGGGAGCAGGUGGCCAGGAGCACACCUGUCUCUGUCCUUCUUGGGGGUGGCACUACAUGUCACCAGACUCACCUGGGAGUCAGUCGGACUAUGGAUUGGCCAUGUGGGGUGUGUACUGCAGCUUGUGCACCACAGUGGACAUAAGGGCCCUUCUAAAUGUGCAGAACAAAUAAUAAAUGUCUGUGUUUGUUUUGA